AUGGUUUGGUUGGGAGUGUGUUCAAAAGGUGUAACACCAUUGGUAAUUUUGGACAAAGCCACGAUAAAGCAUGCUCGUUAUAUUCAAGAAGGGCUGCCCGUGGCUCUUAAAUACGAAAAUCAAGUGUUUGGCGAUGAUUGGAUAUUUCAACAAGAUGGAGCAAGGCCACACACAUACGAUUUAACUCAACAAUGGUGCAAAGGCAAUUUUCCUGCGUUUAUAGAUAAGGAUCAUUGGUCCCCAGAUAGUCCGGAUUUGAACCAUUUGGACUAUUCCAUUUGGGAUGAAUUUGUUCACGUUAUCAAUUGGGACAAAGUAAAGUCAAAAGCAACCCUAAUUCAAGAACUAAAACGUGCAGUAAAAAACAUUCAAGAAGAAGUUGUAUUUGAAAGCUGUAACAGUUGGACAAAUCGUUUGUAUCGUUUGUCAACAAAUGAUUUCGGUUAUUUACGUUAA